UGGGACUCCCGUUAAGCCGAGCGUGGCACGAGUUGCGAUUGCGCUUAUUUAAUUAAACAAAGUGCGCGUUCCGCGUUCAAUGCGCCGCGCGAGCACACGCCGUAGGUGACGCUCGAGCGAACGCGAAGCCGCACGUGAUGCGGCCGCGUUGUACGACCUGACCUGCUCUCACUGCCGCGCGGACAGGCCGACGUUUGUUUUUAGGUUAAGUUACGGUGCACCCGAUCGCGAGUAGUCGUUCCGCCGCGUACGAUUAUGAGCUUCUCGAGCCAGGAGAUUACCGACGAUGCCCAGGGCAGGCUGCCGCAGUUCUCCGAGCUGCACGGGAUACCCAGCCCGUCGCUCACCACCGCGUCCACCGCGGAGUUCACCAGUGGCGGGAACGUGCAGCCGGACGCGGCCGCACAAAGCCGCUCCAUCUACACGACCGCCGCGAGCUCGAGUCAGAAGCAGCUGCAGCUGGAGACAGCUGAAGCAAUGAGAAAUUCCGAAAUUUUGCAUUCUCUUCUUCAGAUACGAGGGCCGUAUUUAACCAUGUGGUCGGACAAGCUGCUGCAAUUGUGCGACACCAGCCAGAUUAACAUACCCAACUAUAGCCAAAGUACUCCGGUACUCGACCUGCAACCGAACAAUUUGCAAGCGCAAUUUGUUUUAGGCAACAUGUGCGCCUCGCAGGCGAAUAUCGUGAAGCAGGAGCUGUCCGAGGAAGAGAAAGAUUCAAGCAAGGACUCUGAUAUCCAGUUGAGGCAGCGAGAGGCCACUCAGUAUUUCCAGAAGUUACAAGCCACCAGUCUGCCGCAUACGCUGCAGCACAUAAUCAAGCUGCAGACGGAGCAAGUGAAGAAGGAGAAGGAGGAGGAGAAAAUCGAGCACACGCAGAACAACAUUCUCAAUAUACCAAACAUAUUUCGGAACAUUGCGCUGCAGAGUAACAGCGGUUUCCCGAGUCCUCCGGAUCCGAUGCUCGGUAUUUCCCCGGACAUAAGCUUGCACAUGGAGAUGGAGCAGCAGGAGAACGAAGGGAACUUUCAGCCUGUGCUCAAGGUCGAGCAGCAGGUGCAGACUGAUGCGCCUAGGCCUGAGAAGAGGCCGAGAUUUCGAGCGAAAAUCGGCGAGGUUAAGAUAACCAUCUCCGCUGACGGAACUGUCCUCUACUGUUGCCCGGAGUGCAAUAUAGGGCUACCGAACAAGGCAGACAUCGAGCAGCAUAUUCAAGCUCACUUGCAGGAGCGAAAAUACAUGUGCAAGGAGUGCGGGUACAUGCUGAAGAGGAAGGAACACCUGGACCAGCACAUGCGCGGCCACUCGAACGAUCGGCCGUACAAGUGCACGGUGUGCCAAAAAGGGUUCAAGCGGAAUGAGCACCUGACGCGGCACUACUCCAUCCAUUCCGGCAACAAGAACUUUUCGUGCACCACGUGCAAGAAGGCGUUCUCGCGUAAGGAUCACCUGAGCAAGCACAUGCAGACGCACACGGGCAUGCGAAAGAGCAAGAUGAAAGAGGAUACGUAUUACGUGGAUCAGAAGGACAAGCUAUCCGAGAAGAGUGACAUCGAUAUCGCGGCGAUGCCGAAACAGGAGGUAAGUUACGUCAUGAAGGAUAGCUUGCUGCCAAAGCAAGAGGCCACUCUCCUGCAUCACAUUCAGAACCUCCAAAAUCCAAGCUUCUUGCAAACUAUUGUCGCCCUGAAGGAGCAGACAUUAAGAGACGCCAAUCAAUCUCAGCAUGAAGAGAACAUUAACAUAAACGAUGUCUUACCUCAAAACGUAAGAUAUUUAAUGCCCUCUUAGUUAUAAUUAAAAUCCACGUGUAUUUAAAAGCAUUUAGGAAUAAUAAACUCUGUUUAUAUCGGAGUUAGUGCAGGAGAAUAAUUUUAGUUCCAUUUUAACAUUACCUCCUCAGGGACAACCUUUUCAAUCAAACACGCGGUUGUAAGAACAAGUACUACUCGAAACGAUAACUGUAUAUAUUGUGUCCCUGAAGAGGUAACUGCACAUAUGCGUACGUGUUUUAAUUAAAAAAAAAAAAUUAAACGUACACAUAUGUGUCAGUGUCCCUGAAGAAAUUAAAGCGAUUGUGGUUGUAAUAACCAUUAGGGUUAAGUUUAGUUUGGCUCGUUGUUCUCUGGGAAGUUGGUGGUAUUUCCCAAAUAUAUUAGAAACGUUAAUAUUGAGAAAUGUGCAUCGUGGUAUAUUGCAAGACCAGAUUCAUAUCAAUUGUGCGCCAUUAAUAUUGACGAACAACUAAAAUAAUUAUUUGCCGAACAUGGGAGCAGGUUGUGAUUAUAUCGAUUAAUGUCAAUAAUUCAAAUUUCUCAAAGAAGACCGGUAAAUGUUACGUUCACUUAGCUCUGAUGGUUUUACAAAUUUCGGAAUACUAAAUUCUGCCAUCACGUAUAUUUUACGAUUUACUUAACGGAAUGUAUUUUAAAUCAUUUGAAAGUGCGGCUAAAAAUUCGAAAAAAACAGGGAUUACAAUUACAAUUACAUAUUGACAAAUCAUAUCAAGAAAGAUUAAUUUGUUCCAUUUUGCUAUUUUACUUACGUUAACUGUAGCGGACAUAGUUCUUUCUGUGAAUCUAGUCCAUCAUUUAAUUUAACAAUAAUUGCUUAAUUUGCAAUAAAUCGCCCGUUAGAUUACCUCAAACGCGUGAUGAAACUAGCUCAAUCAUUUACGCCGAAAUCACGGAAAUAAUUAAAUUUAGAAUAUUAACGAGCGAAAUAGUUAGAAUACCGAAUUGCGUGAAACUAGUUUAUGGUUAGAUUGAGGUUCUCCUGAAAAACGGGGAUGUUCUAUCGAAUAAUUAUAAAAAACUUUAAUGCAAACAUUUAGAAUUCCUCGUAUUAUAGUAUUUUUAAUAUUCUUUGUACAUUUAUACAUAUAUGUAUAUAUGUACUCACACACGUGCGAAUGGAUAAGUUGCAUAAAUUUUUGGUGAAUAGAAAUUAUAUUUUCACAAUUUUGUUAAGAAAGACCGUGUAGAGAAAAUUUAUAAUAUAUAGCUGCGCGGAUCUUAAUAGAGAUAUUUAUUACCUUAACGUCCAAUUUCUCUAAACAGCAAUAAUUAUUUGACUCGAAUUUUGAAGAGAAAGUACAUCUUCCUAAGAAAUUCAAAUAAUUCAAAUAAUCUAUGCAAUAUCUAGCUAUUUGAUAAUUUCUAUUUAUGUUUGAUACAAUAUUUUAAUAUGUCAGUCUACAAGAAAACAUUGUAUCAAAAUAAGUCUGUCUUCGGAUGGGUUACACAAUUUUACCGAUUACAUUUUACCUGAAUUUCCUUCAUUUUUCAUGCAUUAUCCUUCAUCCCUUUCAUGUCUCCAUUUAUUAUUCAAAGUCUGAUUUUUAUAAUUUCAAGAAGAUAUCGUCACUGGUUGGUACCUAAAAAAAAAUAUGACAAGUGGCUCGAUGAAAUCAUGAUGACUCUGUUGUAAAAUUCGCUAUUGUUUACAAUUGGAAGGAAUUAAACUUCUUCAUAUAGCCUUUUUACAAUUGCACUUUAAAUCGCUGAUUCGACGGAGUUUAAAUAAAAUUUGUGAUAACGUGAACAUUUUCUGCGGCAUUAAUUAAUAAAAACUGAAUCAAUAUUGGAAUUGUACAAUGCCAUUUUGCGCUUGGCCUUUUUUUUAGUGUAUCUGCCUGCUCGAUAAUCUGAUUUUAGUUUGUAAGUGCUAGAAUGUAAGUAGUAGAAUGAAAGAUUGUUGAAGAAGUUUUGAGCGCAGUGUAUGUCUGCGACAAUUGUGAUUGAAGUUCGACAACAUUAUGCGAACACAUGUAUGUAUGAAAGCGUACAGGUUCGCGGAUAUUGCGUUAGAUGUAAGAAUUGGAGGACGACAUUGACACACGAGAUUCUCGGGUGUGUGUUACACAUAAUAACAACCAAAGACUUACACACUUGUGUAAACUACCAGUAUUCUAUGUCGUUUAAUCAAGUCCUCUUUCUUUUUAUUUUAUAAUAAUUUUUAAGACUUGAGACAUGAAUAUGUCUUUAAAUCCAUAAUUUUAUAGUUUUUAUUAGGAAUUAUUAUGUAGGUAAGGAAUGAACGUCAAUGCGUUUUUUUUUAGUUUAGUUAGGGAUACGUAAGGCGACAAGACGCCGUAAUUAACCCCUUCGGCGGCAUUGACGCCAUAUGACGCAACAAAUGUGUGUGCCCCUAUGGGCAUUGACGCCAUAUGGCGCACAUUGUUUAUUUUUCGAUUGAUUGGUCGACUGAUUUUCAAACAAUUGAAGUUUCGCUACUUCUUAGACAAUUUCUGAAGUAGAAAUAAAGACUUAUCUAUCACAUAAAACUUGAAUUUGGAUACCAAGUUUCAUAUUGGUGGUUUUUUGCCUAUUAGAUCCGCCAUUUUGAAAUUCAAAAUUUCGACCUAGAAUUCGUAUUCAGCGAUCUAAAAAAAUCCUUAGGUAUUUUUAAAAUCCGAUUAUUGUUUUCUUGCCCACAAAGGCACAAACAGUGAAAUUCUACCUGCCGUCGAAGGAGCAUGGAUUUACAGGAUGUUAUUCACUAAGACACUUGUUAUUAUAUAUAAAACUUGCCAAAA